AUGCGCCGCGAGAUGGAGAUGCAGGUGCAGCAGGAUCGCAUUGACCAAGAUGUUGCGCAUCUCCUCCACCAGCAGCAACAGUGGCACUGGCAGCAACAGCAGCAACAGCAACAACAGCAGCACUGGCACUGGCAGCAAAGCGUGGCGUGGGUGCAGCGGGAGGUGCAGCAGCAUGAUGGCCACGACUUCUGCCACCAUCGCAACCGCCGCCGCCAUCGUCACAGGCACCACCCGCGGACCCGUCCGUCCUUCGCCUCCAUGCACCCGGUCAUGGCCCAGGCCUUGAGCGGCAUGCGCGAGAUGUGGUCGCCAUGGCACCAGCACCAGCAGGAGGAGGACACGCGCGGUCACAAUGACGACACGGCGCUGCUGCUGUUGGAGGAGAACAUGGUGCCAGGACCCAGCCAGCCACGGAGCAUCCCUUGGACAUGA